AUGGGUUUAUGUAAAUGUCCAAAUCGUAAAGUAACAAAUCAAUUUUGUGUUCAACAUCAUGUGAAUGUGUGUGAACACUGUUUACUUAGUCAACAUUCUCAGUGUAUUGUUCGAUCGUAUGUUCAAUGGUUACAAGAUAAUGAUUACAAUCCAAAUUGUUUAUUGUGUAAUACUUCAUUAACAGAUAAUGGUGAAACUAUACGAUUAAUAUGUUAUGAUCUAUUUCACUGGUCAUGUUUAAAUUACUACUAUCAAAAUUUACCAUUGAACACGGCGCCAGACGGUUAUCAAUGUCCACAAUGUAAACAAUGUAUUUUUCCACAACUUAACUUAGUCUCUCCUAUUGCAGAUCAACUGAGACAAAAAUUAUCAACAGUAACAUGGGCGAGAGCUGGUCUUAGCUUACCAUUAAUUGAUGAUCAUCGUUCACAACAGCAGCCCUCACAACAAUUAACUGAAACGGAGAAAAAUGGUUAUGUCAUUGUUACUCAACAACAACAGCAAAGUCAACCAACUCUUUCGAUAUCGGUACCAUCUGAACAACAUGGUUUAUCUCAUCAUACAAAAUCAAAAAUAUAUAACAGUGACACAGAAAUAAUGUCAUCGUCGACGUUAAAUUUUUCACAAGAUAUUGAUGAGGAUAAAUAUAAGAGACGUAGUAUAUUUUCAUGGUUUGCACGGUAUCUUCGUUCACGUCAAGUUACUGGAACAAAACGUAGACCAAUGUCUCGAUUACGUUGGACAUGUUAUUUAUUAGCUGUUUGUCUUCUUGUUGUUGUAACCAUAUUUACCAUUUUACAUCAUUUAACACGUAAUUCAGAUGAUGAUAAUGAUCCUCAAUUCGAUCCUUUGAAUAAUCCGAUGGUCAAAGUUGGCAACAGAUUUGUACAAAAAUUAAAAAAUAGAUCAUUUGAUGGAACAAAUAAUUAA